AUGCCUCCGCGUUUCUCAGUCCAGCCUUCUUGGAAGGCCUUGACAGGCACGCUCUCCGGACAGACCCCGUUCACCCUGUCAAACGGAACCACCAUCACUGCGCGAGCGGCAUCCACGAAGGCCAAGUCGCCGAAAAAGCAUGACUUCUUCAUGAUUGCACAGGCCCGCCAACGGAAGGCAGCCAAUCUCUCUCGACAAAAGGUUCUCCAGGCGGAACGGGAAGCCUCGCUCGGCCACCCCGUGGAAAGCAAGCCGACACCUUUUAUCCAGGAGAUUCAGUCAAUCCAGACUGGCGCGCAAAUUCCAGCUGCUAGUACUGAUAUCAACUACUACUUGAAGCCGGAUGGGCUUAGCAGUGCGCUGCAGUUCUCGAAGGAUCUUACCCAGCCGCUCCAAAAUCCCGAUCGUGAUACAGCAGAUCCCCAGCUGGAGAAGGAGGCGGCAGAGUUACAUCAGCAGCAGCACAGAAAUGCAGAGGAAGCCAUACAGCGCAUCGUGAGCCUGAGCAAUGGAAACACAAAGGACCGCCUUCGGUUGAAUGUACAGAAGUGCAUUGACCAAUUCGGCCGACACAACACCGACUCAUUUCUACCACCCAAACCCGCCGGUAUGCCGCAUGAGUCCGCACCCGUUUACCCAGAGAAGGCGCCUCGCAUCGGUCCGGAUACUGGCUCCCCAGAGGUCCAGGUUGCUAUCCUGACUGUCAAGAUUCAGAACCUGUCUCGACACUUGAAGACCACCAACAAAGACAAGCACAACAAGCGCAACCUACAGCUCCUUGUACACAAGCGACAGAAGCUGCUUCAGUACGUUCGCAGGAAAGAACGAGGAGGUCCGAGAUGGCAGAACUUGAUGGAGACACUCGGCUUAUCAGAGGCCGCAUGGAAGGGGGAAAUUGCCAUCUAG